CUUUUCAUACAUGGGUUAAAAUAUAGUCUAAUCUAGGAAUUUAUUUAGUAAUAAGCAAUUUUUAGGGUUAAAUACUUUUUCAUCCCUAAUGUCUUGGGUCAAAAUUAAAAUUAAAAUCGUUUCCGACUUUUUUUUUAUUAAAGUUGUGUUGGAACACCAUAGAAGUGAAGAACUAAAAAUUUAGAGGAAAUUGUUAGAGUUGGGAUGGGAUGCGGUGAUAAUGAUGCCACAGAGGCUACGAGAAGCAGAUCAUGACAAGGAUAGAAAUGUAUUUGCUAUUGAAGAUUUGGAUGAGUGGCAUGAGGAUUUUUUGAAAACGCGAACGGAUAUUCCUGUGGUGUAUCCGGCAGUUAUGGUAAGUGAGUAAUCUAUGAAAUCUCAAAUAAUCAGUAACGAAGCAAUCUCUGAAAGAACGGAGACUUGUGAAUAUGGGGAUAAACGAAAAGAAGGAGUUGAUCUGGUGUUGAACAAAAGUUCAAUUGGGGCUGGGUUGAAGCAUAUAAGGCCCAAUAUGUUAGUGGGGUGUGGCGGCGAAGUGAUUGUAUGGUGCGACGAAAAGUACGUCAUUGUGCGUCUUAAAAGGGCCACCUUGCUGGCUGCUGCGAGCGACGGUGAAGAGAGGGGCGUGGCUAGUCAUGGAGUUCACAAAUGGAUUGAUGCCACGGUUAAUAGCGCCGAUGAGGCAGAUCUAGGAGAAGUGCAGAAGUCAGCUGCUAGUGGCGGAGGUGAUAAUGUCCACAUUGAACUUGAUGGCGUGGAGGGCAGGGAGGAGCGUGAAGCUCCUUAUGCACUCGACGAGCAGAAUCAAACCGGAAAAGAGAUUGGCGGAGGUGUGGAGAAUUGUUCGAACAACACAGCGAAAAAAAAUAUUCAACCAAGUGUAGUUAAUGAGAUCCACGCUAGUUUGGACGAGAGUGAUAAGCAGCAUGUUGGCAUAAGUCUGAUGAGGGUGAUGCAGUGCAAGAUUCAGAUUUAGAGGAUGAGAAUACAGUGGUGCAGAAAAUUAGGUUGAAUGAUGAAGGGGUUGUAAGGAACUUGGAAGAUUCGGAGGACUCAGAGUAGGAUGCAGAUGGUGAAACUAAUCAAGAUGAAUACGAAGGAAGUUGGGAUAAAGAUAUGGCUGAAAAUAGGGUUGCUUAGAAUCUGGCUGUCGAAUCAGAAGCUGUUUUACAUGACGAAGAUGAGGACAUUAUGACUAUUCUCCAAACUCAAAAUGAAGUAUUGGCACAAAAAAAAAGAGACAAGCAAAACAGAUAGAGAAAGCAAGAAGGUGUCGCUCCAAAAACCAAAAUAAGUUUGCUUGGUGUAUGGUGCGCAUACAAGGGAAGAGAAGCUUGCUGUGUGGGAAGAGUUGAGUUUUUUUAUCGGAAAUAUGUCAGGUUCCUCUUUGCUACAUGGGUGUCUUCAAUGAGGUUGUGCAGUUAGAAGAAAGAAAAGGCACUAGUGUGUUAACAGCAUUAUCAAACUGGUGGAUAUAAAGUUAAAUGACUGUAAGUUUACGUAGUUUAGGGGAUCAAUCAUGCAGUCAAAUUAAUAGAAUAUUGGUGAAUUUGGUUUCAUUGUUAUCAUUUGGAGUACUUGGUUGAAAAUGAAUGACAGAAUUUUCAGGAAUCAAGAAUCAGAUGUUGCAGGAAUAGUUAACGGGUUGAUUAAGAGUUAUAAAGAGUGGAAUGAUAUUUGAUCUUUUAGGUUAUUGAUGGCUUUUGUUAAAGAUAAUUAAGAAUUAAUUUAUUUUAUUUAUGAGUACUUUUCUAUUAAAACGUUGAUGUUCCA